UGCUACGUCCCGCUGACGUUUGCUCUCCGCGCUGGGUCUCUGUAGUUAUCUCUGCUGCCAGUUGUACUAGUUCCUGGGACUUUCUCCACAAUCUUAAAAGGAGGUCAGAGCUUGUAACUUUUGAGCGUAAGAGCCCAGUGACAAGGGUGCUUUGAUCUUGCAAAGAGGGUUAAGUCAACGCAGAAAAGGCUUGUUCACCUUGUGCAACUCCUUUCGAGGAUCCCAGUGACAAAACUGUGUGGUGGUCUUAUUUUUGUCAGAACCAUUCUCUCUUCCAUCCUGCAGGAAGGUACAUUGUAGUAAUAUGUGUGUGCCAGAACCUGCCACAGACUUAGUUGUCUUCUGUCACUGUCUUCUAUUUUUUUUCCCAGUUGGCUGAUCUCUUUAAAUGUAUGCCUUUUGCUGCCACGGGUUUGGUGUACUGUGGUGCUAUCUCCCACUAUAAAGUCUCCUGAAAACUUUAUUUGAUCCAUUUGUAAUUAUGUGAUCCAGAAGGCAGCAUAGUUGUUAUUUCCUCCUAGUUUUCUGUCAUCCCUCCUCUUCAUGCUUCCAGCUUAAGUUGUUCCAGAGUCCUGGACUUUGUUGCCCUCUAUGCACAGAGAAGGAAAGAGGAAUUGUGUCUGUGGACAUGGCAACCUUUUUGUUUUUAAUGGCUAUUUUACAGUAUGGUACUGUAUUAAAACAAAUGUUGCAAAGAUUAUCUUGUAAGAUAGUAAAGAACAGAAAUCAAACCUGUAGUAUCUAUUGAUCGUGCCUUAAUGAGGACAAGAUUUUUAUACAGGAUGCCAAUAUUGAUCUGUGCUUUGUCUUGGACGUGACUGCUGUGGAAGAGAGCCAAGGAGGAUGCCAAGGACUGCAUCACUGAUUCUCGACAGCCAGGAACCUGACCAAAACUCCAGCAAAGAGAGAAGAGUGCUUUUCUUCCACAAACUCCCAUUUGUGGUGUCAGUCUGUCUUCCAUUCCUAGAAAUCUGGAGGUGCUGUGGAAGUGGUAGGAAACCUGAGGUUGCUAGACCUGCAUGGCUCCUACUGAUAACUGCUCAGUGCCUGACAAAGUGGAAAGAACAAAAGUGAACAUUUUUGACUUUGUGAAAGCCUCUUCAAAACAUGCAUUCAUAGUGCAGGCAUGGAGGGGUUGCUCAGAGGUGAAAAGCAAAAAAAAAGCAGAGGAACCAAAAUGCAGGGCUUCUCUUCGACCAAGGAGAUGACAGAGGACAGGCUUUCUCCAUCCAGGAAGCUAAAGAGAUCUUCAGAACAGCACAUCACGUCUUGCAGUGACCCAGGAAACCACCCAGCUGGCUGGGGCUGUGACUGCAGAAAUAGUUGUCAGAAAUGCUGAGUGCCAUUGGAAGGUGUGAUCCGUGAAAGCUGCUGGUUUAUCUCCAGAUACUGCUCGUGGUGUCCUACUGUGUCGUACAAGCUCUGAACUUCAUGGGCUGCAGAGUAACCUUUGGAGGCAGUCUGCUGCUGGAACACCCUUCCGGAGCCCCUUUGUGUGGCAGUGAAGGCAGCAGUGUGGGGGAGCAGUGUUGUGGGCUGGUGUCAGUGAGCCUGUGCUGUUUGAGGCCCCCAGCCCUCCUGCCUGGCAGAGGAAAGGGUACAAUGAGCUGCUGAGUGCCUUGGUACUUGCUACAGCACCCUGCCUGCUCACACUGCUGAAGCACUUGGACUCAGAAGAACAAAGCUGGUGAUGAGACUUGAAGAAACUGAAGUUAGUUUGCCCUGCUCUGGUGGCCCCAGCUAUUUUAUUGAUCUUUGUGUGUAUUACAGCCUGUUUAAUAGAUCUUUCUGAGUCCCUGGCUUGUGCUAGUGCACUGGCCUAAAGAGUGAGAUUGUCUGCUGUGCAUCCAGGUAUUCCUGAAAGUACUUGCAGGGCAAAAGGAGCCCUACACAUCAAAACACAGCCUUCCCUUCCUGCCCAGACUGAGCCUCUCAACAGUUGCUGAUUUCACUCUCAGUGCAUUUGCAUCCAGUGGUUUCCCUCAAGAAGAAAAUGAAACUAAAAGGAAAACAGAACUGAAAGAAAAUUUAAUAAAAGCAAAACUCAUUCUUUUAUAGCAUGAAAUAGAAAGACUGUGACCUUGCUGAGCAGAGUGCUUUGGUACACUUUGCAGACCACGCCAAGUAGUUGAAAGGCUUAGCUGGUGAUGGUGAGUCCAACUUCAGAGCAGUAUGACAGUUUGCUCCAGCAGAUGUCAGAAAGGAUUGAUGAGGGAUGUGGGGAGACCAUCUAUGUCAUUGGACAAGGAUCAGAUGGGACUGAGUACGGGCUGAGCGAGGCAGACAUGGAGGCGUCCUAUGCCACGUUGAAGAGCAUGGCCGAGCAGAUCGAGGCAGACGUGAUCCUCCUGAGGGAGCACCAGGAGGCCGGGGGCAAGGUGCGCGACUACCUGGUUCGGAAACGUGUGGGUGACAACGACUUCCUGGAGGUCAGGGUAGCAGUAGUUGGCAAUGUGGACGCAGGGAAGAGCACCUUGCUGGGUGUGUUGACUCACGGCGAGUUAGACAACGGCCGCGGCUUUGCUCGGCAGAAGCUCUUCCGCCACAAGCACGAGAUCGAGUCAGGCCGCACCAGCAGCGUGGGCAAUGACAUUCUGGGCUUCGACAGCGAGGGCAACGUGGUGAACAAACCUGACAGCCACGGUGGCAGCUUGGAAUGGACAAAGAUCUGUGAGAAAUCCACCAAGGUCAUUACUUUCAUUGACCUGGCUGGUCACGAAAAAUACCUGAAAACCACAGUCUUUGGCAUGACCGGCCACUUGCCUGACUUCUGCAUGCUUAUGGUUGGGAGUAAUGCUGGGAUUGUUGGAAUGACCAAGGAGCACUUAGGCCUGGCGCUUGCACUUAACGUUCCUGUCUUUGUUGUGGUGACCAAGAUUGACAUGUGCCCUGCCAACAUCCUGCAAGAAACCCUGAAGCUGUUACAGCGACUGCUGAAGUCCCCAGGGUGCAGGAAGAUUCCCGUGCUGGUUCAGAGCAAGGAUGAUGUCAUUGUAACAGCCUCCAACUUCAGCUCAGAGAGGAUGUGCCCAAUUUUCCAGAUUUCAAAUGUUACUGGGGAGAAUCUAGAUUUGCUGAAGAUGUUUCUUAAUCUCUUGUCUCCACGGACCAGUUACAGGGAAGAAGAGCCAGCAGAAUUCCAGAUAGAUGAUACUUACUCUGUCCCGGGUGUAGGAACAGUUGUCUCUGGGACGACGCUGAGAGGCUUAAUCAAGCUAAAUGACACCCUGCUGCUGGGGCCAGAUCCCCUUGGCAACUUCCUCCCCAUUGCUGUCAAGUCCAUCCACCGCAAGAGGAUGCCCGUCAAGGAGGUGCGGGGAGGCCAGACUGCCUCCUUUGCCUUGAAGAAGAUCAAGCGUUCUUCCAUCCGGAAAGGCAUGGUGAUGGUGUCACCCCGCCUGAAUCCACAAGCGUCAUGGGAGUUUGAAGCAGAGAUUCUGGUGCUCCAUCACCCCACGACCAUCAGCCCACGAUACCAGGCCAUGGUGCAUUGUGGCAGCAUCCGUCAGACAGCCACGAUUCUCAGCAUGGACAAGGACUGCCUGCGCACAGGGGACAAGGCCACCGUGCACUUCCGCUUCAUCAAAACCCCGGAGUAUUUACACAUAGACCAGCGCCUCGUCUUCCGGGAAGGCCGCACCAAAGCCGUGGGUACCAUCACUAAGCUACUCCAGACCACCAAUAACUCACCAAUGAACUCCAAGCCACAGCAGAUCAAGAUGCAGUCAACAAAGAAGGGAGCUGUUACGAAACGAGAGGAUGGCGUUCCCGCCGCUGGGAUGGCAGCUGGAGGCCCAGCAGCUGGGGAUGAGGCCCCCUCAACAGCUGCAGCACCACUAACACCUACUGCCCUGCAACCAUUGCCUGCCCUGGAUGAAGAGCCCCACAGCCGUGAGGGCAAUAAGUCAAAAGUUGGAGGAGGAGGCCGUCGACGUGGGGGUCAGCGCCAUAAAGUGAAAUCUCAGGGAGCCUGUGUGACUCCUGCCAGUGGCUGCUGAAUUUCUUAUUCCUCCUCUCUCUGAAGAAUUCCUCCCCAUCCCUUCAUUUCUUAUCCAAAAGAGCCAGAGCAGCGUAAACCAAAACCCAUCCCAGCUGAUUGGCUGCAGAAGAAUCGUCCCUCCUCCCUGCAGGAAGCGAUGGAGAGGAGCAUAAUUUAUAAGCUAAUGAAGGUGAUAAGACAGAGAACUGAGUAACUGACACCUUCCUCCUCCCCCUGUCGACACAUUUUUGUACAUCAUGGGCUUAGUUUUUAUUCUUAUUAGUUUUUAUUAUAUUUUGUGUGCAUGAAGAUGAGAGGGGAGUCUGGAUAGAGCUGCAAAGAGCCAGUUAGUUGCCUCCCUCCUCCCUCACCCCUUUCUGUCCACAGGACUUGCUGCUCUCCCCUAUUUGCUGUCUCAGAUCCAGGGGUUAUCAGAUGCCAGAAAUUUCAGACUUGCAAAGGUUAAAACAGGUUAUUUAGGAUGGCUCCAUGGAACAUCGUUUCAUCACCACUGUGGCCUUGUGCCAAAUAUGUUUUGGAUUCCCUCCCUCUUAAACUAUUUCUAAGUGGAUUUAAUUUAAUGUUGUAAUGACUGAAGUUUGAAGGAGAUGGUGAGAAAGUUCCUUAGUUGGAGAUCUAAGAGGAAAACAAAUUGGAAAGCAGUUGCUGAUGUUAAGUUCAGGGAUCCUAUGCUCAAUAUUCUCAAAUAAUGUUGAAAGCACUUAAAAUUUUAACUAGCGACAGAGUGAAAUGGGCAGACCUUUACCCACCCAGUUCCCCUUCCCAUUUUGCUGCUUUUCCCAGUGUUUGUUCAGUGCACAUUGGAGCAAAUCUUCCCUGCCUCCCAAGGCUGCAGCAGCUCCACUGACAGUAUUAAGAACAGUGCAGGAGCACUCAGUCCGUCCUUGAGCCAGAGAAAGCCUUCUCACCUGGGCGGACAGAGCUCACAGGUGGUAAGAUACCUUUGGAACAGAGACACCAGGCUAACAUGACCUUUCCUUCAUUUUGUUUACUCCAAGAUGUCCAAAACCUUUUUGGAACUCACUGGCCAAACUUUGCCAUGGCAGAAGUAGGAUUUGUCUUCUCCCCUCUUGGCCAAAGAGGGCAGUGACAAAUUGGUACCAAAUUUAUAGAAGUGCUUUCAAGGUUGGAAGUACAUGGUAAUUUUUCUGAUUUUCACUGAAUUUUUUAAAAGAUUUUAUUUUUCUUAAUGAGAAAUUCUGGCUUCUCCAAGAAGGCCCUGCAAGCACAGUUUACGAAUUACUGUUAGAAUGGUUUCUUUAACCAUUUAAUGAGUUUUUCAAGUGAUUGAUUCCCUGCUUAUUUUGAUCUCUUUUCUUCUAACCUUACCUCCUCCCUUGGCUCUGGUGAGGACAGGAAUUAUCCUCUGCCAGCUUGUGGCGAGCUCUGGGAGCGUGGUAGCAUUUUGAGGAGGAGAUGGCAUCCUCAGCAAAUCAUGGCUCCCCCCAGCAGGCGCGGUCAGGCUCGGUUUCUCCGAGGGCUUCCUCCUCCAAUGAAGGACUUUUAUUUUAAUCAGAGAGAGACUGCAAAGUUUCUGUCCCUCCUUAGCAGGUUGUUCCUGUUCCUCACUCUGUGUCACCUGUGUGGAGUUCGUUGCAGCUCACCUUGUGGCUCGGGGUGGGCUUCCAGGCGGGCUGAGUGGCAGAACGCAUCUCCCGCUGCCAACACCAGCACUCCAAGAGCAUUAAGCGGCACGGGAGAGGCAAGAAAGGUGGUUUGGAGAGCAGGAUCCUUUGCCUUAGAGACUGCAGUGGGUGGAAGGGGAGGUCAGACAGUCCUUUUCCAAGCUAUGUGCCUAAAUACCAGCACUCUCCUGGCGAGGGAGGAACUAUAGGCGGCUACGACACUAAUAGCACCCGCAUUGUGAGGGGGUGUGAGGUGUGGCUAAGCAGGGCACCAGGGCCUGGCUUGUUUGUCUUCUGGCCCUGUAGCAGCAUCAAACUGCAUCUGAUUUCACUGCCCUCUGCUUCUGAAGGGAGCAGGGAGCUCCAGGCGGUUUUCUCUUUCUCCAUUCCUUGUGCUCCAAAUGAAGGAGACUGCCGAGACUGAAAGAAGGUUCACUUCAAUUUGUGCAAAGGAGGUGGUGUGAUCUCUCUUUUGUGACCAGCAUUUACAGAUCACUCAGGCUGGUGUGAUCUAUAAAAUAAAUUUUAAAAAAGUUUGUUCCAAGUAAAAGU